CCGGUAGAUUCGAGCUGGACGUGGUUGAAUCGACGCAGCCCACCAACACUGUUCGACGAAACUGCGCUUUUUACACACGCCUCUUCGCUACCAAUAACAAUACCUGCAGGUCGUUUUUGGCCUCCACAAGAUGCCGCCGACAGUGUCAAAGGCUUUGACGACGGGUUUGACGCAGAUGAUAAUUUAGGACUCGAUAAAACCAUUUUGCCUCAGCGCCCUCCGAAGGAUCUUAAUAGUCCCAUGGGCGCUUGUGCUCGCUCAAUCCAGGCAGCCGACGAUCCAGAACGUUUGUUUGACGAGCUUAUUUUGCGUCGUCGUCAUGAUACGGGUCGGGCAGAAGAUGCCUCAACUUAG